GCGUUUCGCGUGUAUUCAUCUGAAAAUCAACAAUAAUAGUACAUUUUUUGUAAUUUUCCCAAAUAAACAUUCCAAUUAUCCGAUAAAAAACUGCUGCGAAAUGAGUAAUUUAGAGAAUACACUGCAGAUUGAAACAAAAUUAGAAAAGGAAAUCACAAAUCAAGCCCUGCUGAAGGAUCGAGUGGAGAAAUAUUCGGAGCUGACUCAGUCGAUGUCCAAAAUUCUGAAUUCGUUCGAGCAACGUUUAGGAAAGCUUGAGCAAACCAUUCUACCCGUUUACAAUGUAACCAAGAAUCUACAAAAGCAACAGCAAAACCUGGAUUCAACUCUGAACUGUAUGGAGCAGGUUCUGUCCCAUUAUGAUGCCUCUCAGGAUGUGUGCAACUUGAUCCACCAAGGCCCGUCCGAAGGUAACGUCAGUGGCUUUCUAGACGGGCUCAACAAACUUAAAAAAGCUAAAGACUAUUUCCUGAACAACAACCCGCAGAGCGUGGAGCUGGAAAAUGUGACCAGUCUGUUCAAUAAUGGUUGCGAAACGCUCAAUAAUCAUUUGAAAUCGCUGCUUAAAAAGCACAGCACCCCCAUGCGGCCGGUGGAUCUGUUGGAUCUGAUUUAUAUCGAGGAAGAUUCGUCCAACGAAGAUUGUCCGUCGAUUAAGCAACUGCCCACCACGACUCGGGAAGAGUUGAACGUGAUUUCCAAGUGGCUGGACAACAACCUGCGACGGGAGUACGUUCAAAUUUACGGGGAUGAACGUUCGGAGGUGAUCACGAGGUCGUUACAGAACCUUAAAGACCACCAGAAAAGUGGAAGCUGGGGCAACGAGCCGCUUAAGUCGCGCUACUACGGUAGACCUUCGGAUGCCGGCGUGAAGAAGUCGACCUCGGCCCGGUUACAACAAAUCUUCGAACGCAAAGCCAACAAAAUGCUAAUGAAAGCCUCGCAACUGGGGCAAUCUACAGGGCUAGCAAUGCGCAAAAAUUCUUCCUUUGGAGAUAUUUUGGCUGCCGAAGAGUACGGCAACGAGAACAAUGACCAAGAGCUGGAAAAGUAUUUGGUGCUACUGCUGGGAUUACAGAAGCUGCUGGUCUGGGAGCGUCAGCUUUUAAACGAUAUAAUUCCGUCUUCGCGGCACAAUGAAGUUUUUUCGCGACUAUCGCAACCUUCGAUUGAGAUGGUUGUGCGGGAUGCUGAGGCUAUUACCGGAAGGGUGUUGAGAAGCAUUGGUCGAAAGGAAUGGUCAGCUGCUUUAGGAAUAUUUUCCGCAUUGAAACAUGUCCAGAUAUUACAACCGGACAUCGAUAAGAUUUGUGACACGGCGCAAAGGCAACAGCUGGGUAGUGUGCUCAGUAAACUUCAGCAGACCGGAUCCAAAGCACUGGAACAGUUCAUAGACUCGGUCAAAAAUGAUGGAGGUGGUGGAAUGGUUAGCAUGAGCUCCAGUACAAUAAGCUAUGGGGGAGGAUCAAGCGUUCCUAAAGACGCCACUGUUUACGAACUUACUUCAAAUACUAUUUGGUUUUUGGAACAACUUCAAGAGCACUGCGAUACCAUCGGUUCCAUACUUCAAACUGAUUCAGUCUAUACCAAUGACUUGGACAGAAUUGCUUCACACAAAACUGUAUCGGUAGAGCAGAAGAACAAGGCAUUGCUUGGAAUAUACGUGCGGAAGGUCUUGGCCGAACUCAACUACACGAUCGCAACCAAGUCUGAACAAUACGGAGAUUUGGCCACAAAACAGCUUUUCAAACUCAACAACACCCACUACAUCCUUAAAUCGUUGCAACGUUCAAACCUGAUCGACAUAGUCUCAUUAACCGAACACGAUUGUGAGAAGCGCUAUCAGAAAAUGAUUCAAGAUUUGAAAAAAGCUUAUCUCAGCUCCUGGUCUAAAUUAAUAUCCAGCAUUGCACCCCUGGAAGAUGCCCCUCGAACGGGACCAGGUGGCCGGGUCAAAGAUAAAGAACGAGCCUUGAUCAAGGAGCGGUUUUCUUCGUUCAACAAGGAACUGGACGAUGCAGUUCGAACUCAGCGAGCUAUUUCCGUACCGGAUGUUUUGCUCAGGGAGGGUAUAAAGCGGGACAACGCUGAGCACAUUGUGCCUCAAUACAAUUCGUUCUUUGAAAUAUAUUCCGAAGUUCAAUUCAGUAAAAAUCCAGAGAAGUAUGUUAAAUAUCGCCCCACUGAUGUUACAGCAAUGUUGAACAGCUUUUUCGAUGAUACUAUUUAAAAAAAUGUAUAGCAAUAUAUAUUUUAAUUAUAUGUUAACCUCUUAUCAAACAA